AUGGCCGCUUUGGCUGCUAGCGUGGAUUUCUACAAGCGCCACACCGUGGUGGACCCUUACACGGGUUGCGCCAUCUUUAGCCUUUGCUCCGACCGCGAUCUAAGGGAAGUGAACGACGGUGUAACCAAAAUCAUGCUCAGGGAAUUCGGCCCGUUGGUUUCUCCCAAAGACGAAAAACUUGUUGAAAUCAUAAACACAAUAGUGAGUUUAAUCGUCAAGGCCAAUCCCACCGUGACCAGCCACAUCCCUUGGAAGGUGUUCGUCGUGGACGAGCCCGACGAGAACGCAUGCACGUUGCCGGACGGCUCGAUGUUCUUCUUCCGUGGCCUGUUGUCGGACAUGACGAAGAGCGUGGGCCAGCUGUCUUUCGUCGUGGGCCACGAAAUGGCUCAUUGCAUUCUCCGGCACCAAACGGAGAUGAUCAGUCAGCAACGAUGCGCAAAUGUAACCAAACUGUUGCCGUUGACCGUGGCCUACGCUUGCACGUCCGACUUCAACGAGAUGUUCGUGGAACUGAUGUGCUCGACGGUGUACUCGUUAGCUUUCGAACUGCCUCUUUCGAGGAGCAAAGAACUGGAAGCUGACAUUUACGGCCAGAAGCUAAUGGCGGCCGUUGGUUUGGACCACAAUGAGGCGAACGACGUGUUGGCUAAAUUCUCUCGGGACGAAUCAGUGGUCGACGAGUUUUUAUGGUGGAUGUCCACGCAUCCGCUAAGCGACGUCCGCUGCCGGAACUUACUCAAGCACAAGGCACAGGUUGAUCUGAUCAGUAAGGCCAACAGCUGCGAUGUCAGAAAGCAAAAAUUAAAGCUCACUAUGCCAUGUUCAAUUGUAUGA